GUCAAUCCUGUGGAGCCGCUCUGGUCUAAAAUAGAAACGGAGGCAGGCAGCGCCGCCCUCUGCAGCCACUCAGCAGCUCCACGUCAGGCAGCGGCUCACUCAGGAAAUUUAAAACACAGAGCCGUCCACGACACAGACAGACACGGGCAUCUCUCCGCACCAAGGUCACGGAGCCCGAUCAUUCUGCACAGGACGCACACACACCUUCACCCCCCCUCCUCCAAAAGUGAAUAGUCAGUGUUGAGGUGGGCCAGCAAUGCCGCCCCCAACCACAGGUCCCCCUGCCGUGCCACCACCAGACGGCGGAUGGGGGUGGGCUGUGGUGCUUGCAUCUUUCAUCUCCAUAGGCUUUUCAUAUGCCUUCCCCAAGGCCAUCACGGUCUUCUUCAAAGAGAUCCAAAUCAUCUUCGAUGCCUCCUACAGUCAGAUCGCAUGGAUCUCCUCCAUCAUGCUGGCAGUCAUGUAUGCUGCAGGUCCCAUCAGCAGCAUACUCGUCAACACAUAUGGCUGCAGGCCUAUCGUUAUGAUGGGGGGCUGCCUCUGUGCCUCUGGCAUGAUCUUAGCUUCUUUCUGCAACAACGUGUUGCAGCUUUACAUCUGCAUAGGAGUUAUUGGUGGACUUGGUCUAGCCUUCAACCUGCAGCCAGCGCUGACUAUGAUAGGCAAGUACUUCUUUAAGAAGCGUCCCAUCGCUAACGGUCUGGCAAUGGCAGGCAGUCCGGUGUUCCUCAGCACCCUGGCUCCUCUCAACCAGUACCUCUUCAACCACUUUGGCUGGAGAGGCAGCUUCCUCAUCCUGGGCGGCCUGCUGCUGAACUGCUGCGUGGCUGGUUCCCUCAUGAGGCCUCUGGGACCAGCACCCAGCAAGGCCAAGAAGGACGAAGAGUGGCUGUCAUCGCCACCACCAAAAGAGAAGCCCACUGCCUGGCAAACAAUUAACAAGUACCUGGAUUUGACGCUCUUCAAACAUCGUGGCUUUCUCAUCUACCUGUCAGGCAACGUCAUCAUGUUCCUGGGAUUCUUUGCACCCAUUGUUUUCCUUGCGGCCUAUGCUAAGGACAUGGGAGUGGAUGAGUACUCAGCUGCCUUCCUGCUCUCAAUCCUGGCUUUCGUCGACAUGUUUGCCAGGCCAUCCAUGGGGCUACUGGCCAACUCACGUUGGAUUCGGCCCAAAAUUCAGUACUUCUUCAGCUUUGCUGUGUUGUACAAUGGGGUAUGUCACAUCCUUUGCCCUUUGGUGGAAACCUACACCGGUCUGGUGGUGUAUGCAGUGUUCUUUGGCUUUGCAUUUGGCAUGGUCAGCUCAGUGUUGUUUGAAACACUGAUGGACCUAGUUGGGGCUCAGAGGUUCUCCAGUGCUGUGGGACUCACCACCAUUGUGGAGUGCUGUCCAGUCCUCAUUGGUCCACCACUAGCAGGGAAACUGGUCGAUGUCACAAAAAACUACAAGUACAUGUAUUUUUGCUGUGGAGCUGUCGUGAUUGUAGCCAGUAUUUGGCUCUUCAUUGGAAACUUCAUUAACUACAGACUCUUAGAGCGCGAGCGCAAACAUGCAGAGAUGUACAAACGGACUGAGACAGAGGAUCCAGACCAAGCUCAGGAUCAGAAAGAGGCUGACAGGGAAGCCCCGGCCUCUGAGGAGCUGGUUGACAAAGAUCAGAAAGAUGAGGAACCUAUGCAGCGGGAAACCAACAUCUAGAUCCUUCUGGUCUGCCAACAGCUGACCUUCAACCUCACAACAAUUUCAACUACGAUCAAACUGAGCUCACCAAGAGGUGCCUCUAGGUGUUCCACCAGGCUCUAUUUGGGGUCCUCUGCACUUCUGUAAAACUAACUGCCAAAGCAACGACUGUGCUGUGGGAAGCUGUGAGUAGCAGUAUCUGUUUUGUCAGAGAGUAUCAUCUGUGACUGUAACAGAAGCAUUAACCUGAGAGAAAAGUGUAAAAUACCAUAGGCAUGUGAAGAGGCAGAAAAUGUUUGUUGAAAACGGCGUAGUACUAACUGUAUUUUCUUUUUUGCCACGUUCAUCUCAUAUCGGAUUUAGUGUGAAUACAAAACUGCAAUUUAGCGACAAAUAUCCUCACAAUAGAUACCUAGUGGCAGCAAAUCCACUGAUAAAAUAAUUAGGAAACCAGUAACAGUCAGACAAUCAGCUCUGCUUAAGAAAAGUAUUAUCUGAUGCAGUUUGUUAAUGGUUGAUUUUUAGUAAUCUCUGUCUGUCCAAACACGUCCAAGCUGUAGCAACAAGUGACAUUCUGUUCUUCCUCCCGUGUCUUCCGAUAUGACGUGAAUGCAGCGUUAGUGUGUUGCUAAUGUUCCAACAGCACCAGCAAGCUGAAUUCACAUUUUCAAAAUAAGAUCUCUUCACAGCACACUGAAGUCUUGGUAAAUGAAAGUUAAAUUAAGAGGACACAAUGAAAGAUUUUGUGGUGGUUAGAAAGAGCUUUCUGUGACUGAAAGGUCACUGGAUGUUUUGCCAACGACAAGCAGUGUCUGUUCUUGGUGAAGUUUUGAACAACAGUUGAUUCCUAACAAUCACACCACAAGCAACAUGUGCUACAUUUUUCAUAGAUUGUGGGCAGUUAGAGAAUGUACUGUACAGUCAGAUCAGAGGUGCUGAUUCGUUAGCAUAGAAAAUGAACACAAUUUCAGUGGCCAUAAUAAUGGAUUGUCUUUUGCAAUGAAUCUUCAGAGUUCUCCAACAACUUUGAAGCUUGCUUGGAAUCAACAGUUACCAUUUUAGCCUAAUGUUUCUGAAAUCAUAAUCAGUAGAAGCUGUGAUCUGGCUCAGUGCUGGCUGCUGUUGAGCCUAGAUUGUUAGAGAGUUUCUCUGGUUGCUCAGCUUUGAAGGGAGCAAAAGCUCAAUAUGACUUGUUGAUUGUGUUGCUUGUGCUGUGAAUACUGUGCUGUAAAUAGUUGAUUCAUGAGGUGAUAUGUGUGAGCAAGAAUGCAAAAUCCUUAUUGCACUGUGUUUCAUUUGGCAAUUGGGCACCCUAAAAUUCCAACUUCCAUAAAUAAAGAACAGGUGUGUUCACAGCUGGUGACAUUGGUGUCCACGUAUUAUGCUACCCGCCUGAGCGCUGUAACGUUGUGCAGUAAAACCUGCAUGAAUGUCCCACUUUAAUACUUUCGAUCAAGUCAUAAAAUGCUCUCUAUAAGCUGUCUCAUGCUCUAUAUUACCCUCAUACACAGUAUGUUGCACUAGAAGAAAAAUGGCCAUACUUCACCCCAAACAUCUUUAUAAAACUGCUGCAAUUCAAUAAAUUUAAUUAUGGUUGAAUGUAAUUUCCUCUGCAAGCCUUAAAUAGGUAUUAAUGACCAAAAACCAUCUGCAUAAUAGUGGUUUUUCUACACAUAAAGCCCAUGAGCAAUAUCUUCUCAUAUUUAAAUGCUGAUAUACAGGGAAAUGUAUUUCUAUGACACAUUGCUUUUAAGGUAAUGUAAUGUAAUGAAUGCAGGACAGUUGUACAGUGAAUACUUGAUAGUAUUAUACGAAGCUGAUACACCUUUGUGUUAAAUGUGACCCACUUUUUUGGUGUUAUUAACUUAACAAGAAAUCAAUAUAAUCUGCUCCAUUUGUCUUCUAACAUGUCUGUACUGAAAUGUUAACGCAAUGAAAUGAUGUUCUGUAUAGUCUCUCCAUUUACUAAUUCAAUUAACAACAUUCACGCCAGUAUGUUAAAACAUCUGAAGGAAUACUACUGACAUUACUAACUAAUGAAUGCUAAUCACGUCUACUUGUAUUUACAAUGGUAUUGUGCACACUCACAUGAACUGGGUGAACAUAUGGUGGAACAGUUUAAUUGUCUGUUGCUAUAAAUGUCAAUAUUGUUCAAUAUUCUAUCCAUUCCAUGUGUUAAUUUUUGUAAAUGUCGCCCUGCUGUGUUGUUGAUCAGUUUUUGUGGCAAAACCUGAAGCUAAAAGCUGACCAAAUGGUGUCCUGUCUCAGAUGUCCUAACAAAGCCAAACACAUUUUAAUAACAAAUGUAGUUUUUCAAAGCAAUCACGAACAGAAAAAACAAUGUCAUUGUCUCUUUUUUUUCCUCUUUUGAAUAGUUGAAUGUGCUUUCAGACUCAUGAAAAUAGAUGUCCAGCUGUGUAGCAGUGGUUCUCAACAAUGUACCAUCUUUAUCCAAGACUAAUUACAACCAAGCACCAAGUCACAGAGGAAAUCCUCUGUAGUUUAUGGUGAAAUGAGAUCAAUAAGCUGCUUUUGUGUUUGUCUGGAUGAAUUCUGAGGGUAUCAGUGGAACACUGAUGAGAAAAACUGCUCUGCUUUUUACUGUAAAUACGCUCCUUUUGUAAGAGUUGCACACUGUGUUCUUAGUUUUAUGAAGCACUUGAUGUGAGCUUGCUUUUGGACCUGGACUUGGUCUCACUUAUAUUUCCAUAUGGAGAUGAGCCAGUCUGUUUUAAAGCAGCCCCAACAACAUGCAGAAAACCCAGGUUGUCAUUACUUUAUGAGGCCACAUGUGUUAAGGUUACCUACACUCACCUAAUCUGUUCAUUUAGCUACUCAAACUCAAUCUCCCAAAUGUACUUUGUUCACCAGCAUUUCAUGCCAAUAUUAGUAUUUUUCCUAUAUUACCAAAUCUGUACAUUCCUCAUAGUUGUGGUUAAUGAAUAACACUAAAACCUUAUGAAUGUUGACUUAUCCUGCUUGCACUUAAUUAGCAGAAAGAGGGACUGCUUUCACUCACUAUGCUCACUGUACAAGAUGCUUCUCAAUGUGGGAAACAGACCGUUGUACAAUCACUUUUUACCAAAUAACACUGCCCCCUGCUGGUUUCAAACUACUUAGACCAAAAGGUAAAGCUAAGCUUCCCUUUCAACAGGAGAACACACUAGUUUUCAAAUACUACUUUUUGUCAAGCCCUUACCUGCAGUUAAAUCAAGGAAUUAAGGUAAUGUAAAUCCAUCUGUACUUUUUAUUUUCUGUUUAUUUUGGUGGGGGUAUUGUCAUGUAUGAAUAUACUUUCUUGGUAUAAAAGUAUACAAGUAGAAAAAAACACAACCCUGUCAUGGUUCAAUGGAAGUAAGGGGAAUACCACUAAAUUUCAACAUGCAGUUUUUUUCAGUUUAUGGAUUAUCCAUGUUGUUCCAUGUAAUCAGUAACAAGAACUGAGUUUAAACAAAGAGCAGGUCAUUUCUUUUAUAGAUGGAGCAGAAAAAACAGCAGUAGUCCAGGAAGCAGACAGCAAAAAACUGCAGCAUCUGUUAUGGUUCCAAGCAGCAGUUCCCAACCUCCGGGUCAGGACCCCAAAAAGUGUUGUGGGGUAAACUUAAAGGUUCACAACAGGAAAGAAUCAAGGGCAUAAAAUGCAACACAAAAAUAUUAUUUUUCUAUAAUUGCUGUUUUGAAAUAGUGGAUAGUUUAUCCCCUGAGGCCUCUAAAGUUAUAUCCAAAUUUCAGAAUCUGUAUGCUGUAUCUGUGGUAAGGCAUCAUAAGUAAAUUUGUUCAAUUUUAAGGGGACAUAAGUCAAAAGCUUGGUCCAUUGGAGACACAACAUAACAUAUAACAUGUUUUGUGGUAUUCUCCUGCAAAGCCAUGAGGGUAUUUGACCAAAAGUUAAAAAGUGAAGUAUUUUGGCUCAAAAUGUUUAUUCUAAGAACAAAAGGAGAUAUAUUCUAAUCACUGAAACCAAAUAAUAUAAUUAGUAUGAUUAAUAGAGAUAAAGAGUGGAUUUGACACACACCAAUAGCCUUAUUAAUUCUAUUGCUUGGCAUCACAUGUUUUGUGUUUCUUUUCUUUUUAGGUGUAUAGCUAUAUUUAGAGAGAGCUUUAUUUUGAGGUUUGCUCAAGACCAAAUUUAGCAGAAGAUAAUUUAAAUGAAUGAAUGAAUUCAUUAUUAUUAUUAUUAUUAUUUCUGUAAACACACUAACUGUUUUAAAAGGAAACUGGCUGAAAAUGUUUAAUUAAUUAAUGUAUAGCUUGAUUGUUUUUUGUUUUUUUGAUCGUUCAUUUGUUUGUUUUGGGUUUUGUUUUUUUUCAUGACAUGUUGAAUUCAUAUGCAGAAUACAAAAGGCUUUAAAGUUUGUAAGAGACUGGAAGAGAUAUCACUCAGUCUGGAGUUAGAUUCAUGCAAAUGUCAAGUGAAAAUGUGGCAAUGUGCCACCAUUUCUGUUUUUUAGAGUUUUCUUAGCACUUAAAAGACAUUCAAACAUUCAGUCAUGAGGGAGACAUUAUCAGCGUGGUAGUCAUUACAGGGCAGAGCCAAGAAAACAUAGUUUUUGUAAACUCAGUAUAAAACAUGAGGUGUCUAGCCACCAGAGAAAUUCAUCUGAAUUGUGGUCUGAAUUUCAGCUUGUUUUGACACUGAAUUAAGUCCUCUGAACCCGAAUGUACUUUGAUGAAACUGAAUGUCUUUAUAUCAGAAUUUUCCAAAAUGGAAGUUUAUUUUGAAUUAAGGUUUUUCACAUUCAAAACUCCCUUUUGAAAACCAUUAAUUUUAAAUAAGCAAAUGCAAAUCUCUACCCACUGAGCCAAUGGGAUCAUUUCUGCUUCCAUAAAAUGUUUUAAAGUAGAACAAAAUUCCAGUCUGCAGAAUGAAAUCUUCCAGUUUGUACAUGAAACUUCCUUUUCCUCUCAUCGAUGUGAUGAGAAGAUCGGCUCUUGUUGGUGUUGACUGUAUACAAGGUGGUUUGCUACUGGGAGGCUGAGGGACUGUCAAUAACAUCUCUGGCUGUUAAGCUAACUGUGCCUUAUUAUGCUAUACUGGCCAUUAUUAAAAGCUUUUUGUGAACACGGUAAACAUGAUGUUGCUCAGAUAUUUAAGUUCAUUUUUUUGUCCCUGCUCAUAUUGUCUGUAUGUUUACAAAUCAUUGCAGUCUUUCAUUUAUAUAUAAAUAAUCAACUUAUGUAGCUACAAAUCCAAAAUUCACUCCUAUCUGCAUCUUUACACCACGUUAACGCAUUGAACAAAUGAGCUGUAAAGAUGUGAUGCACCAAAUCUAGUCUGAGUAUUACUUAAGUCUUUGGCAAUAUUUACUGUGUAUUGUGUUAAUACGACCUUGUACACAUAGUCAAGGAUGCAAAUAUUUGUGUGUGAACACAUCUGAGGACAGUUGUGUUUACAUGUUUGGACCUCUAUACUGUAUUUUGUCUCGGCAGUGAACUCAGUCCAUUAUGUCCUUCCAGUAGCAGACAUACUGUGUGCUUUCUCAUCAGGGUAACUAUACUGAAUGGCAUUAAACCAAUUUUUCAGAUUGUGUCAGUCCACUACCUCUGCUGCAGUCAUGUCAGAGUGGGGAAAAGUACCAUGUGGGUAUAGAAAACUGAUUUAUGUUUUUGUAAUUGUAAUAUGAAGAUAUCACCUAUCACAGUAGCUAAAUAAAUAAAGUAUAAAUAUAUAUCCAAAUAA